AUGUUUAAGGGACUAUUCGGGAAAGGCAGCUCCGGCGAUAGGAGAAGCGCUCCGGCGACACAGGAAGGUGCACAACCUGCCUUCAAGACAUUAACACUAGGUGACCUUCCCAGCGCCAACGUCAGGACUGCACCUGCACCAACAUCAGCCCCCCUCGAAGCUCCACCAAUGCCCACAGAACCACCAGUUAUCCCAAGGAUAGAAACACAGUCGAUGACAUGGUCGGACGGGCCCGGGAGGAGACCAUCGGAUCACACUGUCAUGCCAUCGAGUCCCGAUGGCAUGAAGUCAUAUGCUGCCUCGGUCGUUAGCCCAAACACACCACAGCCAAACAGAUACGACCAGGCCUGGAACAGCAACGGUCUCGCUCCACCCGUACCGGCGGUCAACCCUUUCUACUCGAGGGCUGACGACGAACAAGACGACGAUAACAGAUCUCAAUACGACAACAAGAGCUUUUUCAACUACUACGCCGCUUCCCCUAACCCACAGGCCUCCCCCGACCCACAAGUGCAACGAAAUGAUAGCACAAAAUCUACAAAGUCCAGCAAUGGACCAUCACUUAAGACGAAUAUGUUGAACUUGGAUGGGUGGAGCCCCUCGAGCUCGAGGUUCUCUAACCCAUUUAUGAUUUCUCCGCAGGAGGAGUAUCCCGCAUACCCUGCGUAUGGCGGUUCUUACCCAUACGGCCGAGAGGCUUCGCCUGUCAUUCCGGAGGAACAGGCUGGCCAGACAAUAAGAUACUCUGACUGCGGUGUUAACCCAUUCCAGGGCCUCGAUGAACAGGCCAGGAAGGAGAGAGAUUCGGGUGCAGUCGGUGAUAUCUGGGAGAUGAUCACAGGCCAAGCACAGGAGGUGCAGAGGAGGGCCGCGCCUUCCUCCUCCCCCAAGAUCAAUGCUGGUGCCUCUGCUUUGAAUACCGGGGCUGCAGCAGCGCCCGCUCAAUCGACACUCAGGAGAUCUCUUACAAACUACCAGAUCCCAGAACCAGUAAACUCCAAGUCUCCGGUCGUAUCGUCCCCAUCUGAGUGGUUUCAGAAUAUCAUUGUUCAGUAUGCGGGUCGUCCCGUAGAGGUCAACCGUGCUAUGUCAUAUAUACCAGCACCAAACUCCCAACAUCCACAAGGAUUGUCGCCACCGGAAAUCACAAGCGCCGCCGUCCCUUACCUCGCGAGCAUUGAGUAUGAGCUCGAGGAGCUAAGAAGGACUCGCGUCAAUCCCGAAAGAGAAGUUAAGACCCAGGAGGAGCGGGAUCGUGUCAGAGAGCUUAUUCAACGACAGUUGGCACACGAGCAAGCAUACGAUGCCCUUGAACAGGCCACCGGCGGAAAGCGACUGACUAGGUAUCAAGAAGACCCAGCUAAGAUCUGGGAGGAGAUUGAUCUCACUGGGGUUCGAAAGGAGAUUCCCCUCGACCGACGAAGCAUCUCUAGCACUGGUACCGCCUGGCCAACGUUCGAAAAUAAGACUCAAAACGUCCCGCCAGUUCCAAAAAUUCCAGAUCAGCACGUAGCCGCCGCCAAGGUCCAGAAGGAAUCGAUAUUUACCAAGGCUUUUAAAUCCCCAUUCAAGCGCCCAAAGAAGGAGGAGAAUUCCGUCGUUGUAGUAGCAGCACCACGAGAGGAUCAGGAAACACGAGAGGUCCCAAUCAUGUUCUCACCAGCAGGCCUCGGUAUUGAAGCCAGCGCUCUCGGACCAGCUAAGAGACUCAGCAUGGACAGCAAUACGACUUUCCCAGGACCAGGAUAUAGCAGGUCUGCUCCGGAGAGAGACACCUUUGCUGACCGAUACGCACCAUCGAGACAGGAGAUGGACAGCCCUCUAGAUGAGAAGGUUCGCUCUCCAGGGCACGCCCGCACCGGGAGCACAAAUACUGUUUCUGCUCCCCCACCAUACUCUAGAGGAGCUAGCCCAAACCUCAGCAAAGGACAGAACUCCAAGGGAUUCCAAAGAAUCUCGGAGGAAGCGCCAAUUCAAUCCCGCCCAAGAUUCCCCGUUCGUGCAUCUGAUGUCCCCAGAAUUUCAACUGCUUCAUCUGGCCUCGCACAACAAUACAACGCCAACGUCGGAACUCUUUCUCAUAUCCCAUUCACGCCUACUACACCCAACCACGCUCGUCAUUCUAUCCCCCAGAGCCGUCCUUUGGGAGGUAACGUUAGCCUUCACGACCUCGCUUCUUUCCGUGGCAAUAGCGUUGGUGAUCAAAGAAGACGUGCCGAAAAGCAGAGACAGAAGCAGGAGAAGCGUGAGAAAUUGUUCGGCCGAGGUGGAUGGUUCUAUCUAUGCGGGUGCUUCUUCGUUCGUAGCACUUCCAAGAAGCUCAAGUUCUUUUGGUGGACCUUUUUCAUCUCUAUCGUCGUCAUCUGUACUACUCUUGGUACAAUUUUGGCAGUUAGAGCAAGCAAUGCCGAAGCUCCAGCUGAAGAAGCGAAGCCACUUAGACUGAUCAAUUUACCCAACUUGCCACCAAUGCCAGCCGAGGAAAUUACCAUCACUCCACGCUUGAUCAAUACAGUUAGCACCUGUGUCGCACCAUCUACUCUUUGGAGUUGCAAACUUCCCCAGCCAUUGGCCGAUGGUGCCGUGGCUGAACGACCAGUAUUCCGCUGGAAGGUCUGGUCUUUGAACGGGACUGAUGAAAUCGCUGCUCCAGACCCAAUCCUUCCACUUCUUGACGAAUACAAAAACAUGAGCAAGAUUGACGGCGUUAUGGCUUCCCCUCCAGAAGGCGAACCUACUAACUUCUAUAUCAACCUUCUUCAAUCCAAUACUACCACAACCCCCAGCUCUACCGUUCAAGAGGUCCCACAGAAGGUUAAGCGUUCCCACGGCCGUCACUUCCCCCGUGCAACAGCUUCUCCCUCAGCUUCUCCCUCAGCUAAGGCCACUCAAAACCUGCCCCUCCCACCUGCCAACAUCCUUCCAACCCAGUAUACCUCCCAGCAACUACGUUUCUUCGAUCGUGGUCUACCAACCGAACACUUCAAGUUCAUCACCCACUUCCAAAAGACAAUCUAUCUCCGCACUAUCAGCGCUCUAGGUUCCGGUGGCACCAACUCAUUGGAUGCCGAUGGCGGUGUAUCCCCAUCCGAGGCUCGCUUUGUCUGCUCCUGGUCCGCAACCCGCUUCGUAGUCAAGAUCUUCACCCGCCCAGACGAAGUUGAUGACCAAGGCAAACGCAAGUUCGUCGUUGACCCAUCAACCAUCGGUGUCAUUAAGGGUGCCAACGCUGGUGGUUUCGCUGGUUACGCCGUUCAGAUCGAAGAAGACAUUGCAACCUACGAUACCAGUCGGAGAAGCAGCAUUUCUUGCUGGUCCAUCAACGAUCGUCAGCAAAUCGAUACCACCAGUGAACAACGUAAAUUCCUCGCCGAAGGAAUCAGCACAGGAAAGAGCGGCGUUGAUUAUAAGGGUUGUCAGUGCUCCUGGAGUAACUUUAAGUCAAGUACCGGGCAAGGAUUGUAA